CAUUCAUUCAUUACUCCACCAUAUUUUUUUAUUUACUCUUUCGUUUCAUUCACAUCUUGAUAACAUGGCAUCUCUUUCUGAAGAUCAAAUCGCUGAAUUCAAGGAGGGUUUCAGUCUCUUCGACCGCAAGGGUAAUGGAACGAUUGAAGCAUCUUCAUUGGGAGAUCUGUUGCGUGCUCUUGGUCAAAACCCUACUCAGUCACAAGUCCGUGAUCUAGUUGCAGAGGCUGAUCCUUCAGGCUCGAAUGUCAUUGACUUUGACACAUUCUUGAAGGUGUUGAUGCGUCCAAAUGGAUUCAAACCUGCAGGAACUUAUCAGGAAUUCAUCAAUGGAUUCAAGGUCUUUGACAAAGAAGGCAAUGGACAUAUCUCCCAGGGAGAAUUGCGUUAUGUCCUUACAAACUUGGGCGAGAAGCUCUCAGAUGCGGAGGUAGAUGAGUUAAUGAAGGGAGUCGAGGUUGACAAGUUUGGCAAGGUCAACUACGAAGACUUUGUCAGAAUGAUCUUGGCUUCUUAA